GGUGCACUGGCGAUGCAGCGGAAGCUAAAAUCCUUGCGGGUCAGAAUUUUUUAUAAAAGAAAAAGAAAGCCUCGAGGUCGGAGUAAGAACGGUCCGAGGGAGCUUAUUUAGAAGGACCACGACGAAAACGAAGGCCAGGGUCAGAUCGGUUGUUCCCUUCGUUGUCUGUUCCUCUUUUAUUCUUCCCGCUAGGGUUUCCACGAUUCGAGGGUUUGCUCUUGGUUUGGCGAUCUAGUAGGAAGAAUGGUCAGGGGAUCUAUCGGAAAGCUCGUAUCCGGGUCUCUCUCGCUCGCCGGCAGAUGGCAGCAGCAACAGCUGCGGCGUCUCAACAUCCACGAAUACCAGGGUGCUGGAUUGAUGUCAAAAUAUGGAAUAAAUGUACCAAGGGGAGUUGCCGUUGGCUCUGCUGAGGAGGUGAAAAAGGCCAUCCAGGAUGUUUUCCCCAACGAAAAGGAGUUGGUAGUGAAAAGCCAAAUUCUUGCUGGUGGCCGAGGCUUGGGAACCUUCAAGAGCGGACUUAAGGGUGGAGUGCAUAUUGUUAAAACUGAAGAGGUGGAAGAUAUUGCUGGUAAAAUGCUCGGCCAGAUUCUGGUUACCAAACAAACUGGCCCCCAAGGAAAGAUUGUGAGCAAGGCAUACUUGUGUGAGAAGCUAUCACUUGUUAAUGAGAUGUACUUCGCCAUCACCCUUGACCGUGCAACGGCUGGUCCGCUCAUCAUAGCUUGUAGAAAGGGAGGAACUAGCAUUGAAGAUCUUGCGGAAAAGUUUCCUGACAUGAUCAUCAAGGUCCCGGUUGAUGUUUUCAAGGGAAUCACAGAUGAAGAUGCCGGAAAAGUUGUUGACGGUUUAGCACCUAAGGUAGCAGACAGAAAUGCUUGCAUAGAACAAGUGAAGAAGCUUUACAAACUCUUUUGUGAAUGUGAUUGCACGUUGUUGGAGAUAAAUCCAAUUGCCGAGACAUCUGAUAACCAGCUAGUAGCAGCUGAUGCAAAGUUGAACUUUGACGACAAUGCUGCUUUCCGUCAGAAAGAGAUAUUUGCUCUCCGUGAUCCAUCCCAGGAAGAUCCUAGAGAGGUUGCUGCUGCCAAAGCCGAUCUGAACUAUAUUGGAUUGGAUGGAGAGAUUGGAUGUAUGGUUAAUGGUGCAGGAUUGGCUAUGGCUACAAUGGAUAUAAUAAAAUUGCAUGGUGGUACUCCUGCCAAUUUUCUUGAUGUUGGUGGAAAUGCGUCAGAAGGCCAGGUGGUUGAAGCAUUCAAAAUAUUAACAUCUGAUGACAAAGUGAAGGCGAUUUUGGUCAACAUAUUUGGUGGAAUCAUGAAAUGUGAUGUGAUAGCAAGCGGAAUUGUUAAUGCAGCCAAACAGGUUUCACUGAAAGUACCCGUGGUUGUUCGCUUAGAAGGCACCAAUGUUGAUCAGGGGAAGAGAAUUCUCAAGGAGAGUGAGAUGGCCUUGAUCACGGCAGAAGAUUUGGAUGAUGCUGCAGAGAAAGCUGUAAUAGCCGCGUCAAGCUAAGAAUUACUAAGACCAAUAUGAUUCCUGUUUUUUUUUUUUUUUGUUUUUUUUUUGUUUUUAAAAAGAAGAAACCCGGUGCUCCGAUGAUUUGCUAGGAGCGCUCACUGCAUUUUUGGGAAAUGUUCUGUCAAGAAUUUUCACGUGUCAUCUCGAUGCCAACCCUUUGAAUGAAGUGGUUUGGUUCUAGGAAUAAUGAAAGCUGACCGGUAGGGGAGUUCUUGGGGUCCAUGGCUAGAUCAGUAUGCUGUGGCUCUUCAACAUUAUUGGUCAUGCAACUUUUCUUUCUUCCCCAAAUAAUUAUUUUUCUUCAAUUAAAGAAAUGAGGUGAAAGACAUUGGGACAA